CGAGCCAUCAAACAUGGCAGGCCGAAUCUCUCUUGCCCAGCAACUCGCCUUGCUCUCCGAAGCGACCCCCGCUGACCUUGACUUAGACGACCUCUAUCCCCAAGGCUCCCCGUCCGAAGACGAAUCACACGAGGCAAACUCUAGAGUCAGGGACCACUAUGUCGAUGUAGGUCCUUCGAGCUUCCGUCAGCUGAAUUCCUUCAUCAGUGGCCCAAAGUACGCUAGUACUCGCGUCUUUCGCAAGGACCUGGAGCUUUCUGAGGACGAGAAGGCAGAAAAUAAAGAGGAGGACCAAGACGAGGAUAGUGACCGCUUGGACGAAAAAGAUGUACACGACGAAGAACAUGUUCGCACAGGGGCACGUCCAGACCGUCGCAGACCGUCGCCGGGUAUGAACACGCUAAACAAGACCCACGACGGCAGCGCACAGCAGGAACCAAACGCAACAUCUGACCUUGCAUCGACGUUGCACGCUACUCGGGAGCAGGACCGAAGGAAGGGCAAGGCUGUCUCCCGACAGAUCAUGAUAUGGGACACGCUCCUCGAUGCACGGAUACGUUUACGGAACGCAACCAAUGCUGUCAAUCACCUUACUUCUAUAGAGCCCCCUAGUACCUCGAGGCAGCAAUACCCCGUCCUCACCUCAAUACGCGCCACGCUUGACGAAGCCAUUUCGCUGUCACAAGACCUCUUCGCUCUACAAGAGAAUCUCACCAAAGCUGACGCAUCUCCCGUAUACACACCGCGUAAGCGUGCUAAGCUAUCACACGACACUGAACGUGAUCAUGCCAAGGCCCUCUUGAUGCAUUCGGCGACCGCAUCCGAGGUCGAGGCUGCCUAUCACCGGCAUCUUGUGCAAGUCCUCGCGAAGUGGUCGGUGAAGGUUCAGGCCGUCGCUCCAAACGUGCUCCUGCCAGCAAAUCGCGGAUCGUUUAAGAACGUAUUCUCCGGUAAGACCGCUCCACCCGGUGUAGUAGACGCCAUUGCCGACACUCUGCAUACCGACGCCGACAAGCUGCUCGCUCGCACUCGUUCAUUGCGCCUUGUGGGAAAAAGCGAUGCGGAGCACGCCGGCGAGAGCACGGAGGUGUUCGACGACGCGGACUUCUAUCAGCAACUUCUCAGUGACAUUAUCGAAGCACGCAGCUCGGGGCUUAACAAUGAAGAGACCGAACCUAAGUGGAUGAGCCGGCAGAGAGCAAAUAAGGCAAAGCGGAGCAAGACUGUUGAUAUCAAGGCGAGCAAGGGCCGCAAGCUUCGAUAUCAGGUGCAUGAAAAACUGCAGAAUUUUAUGGUGCCGAUGGCUGCCUCAAAGGGUGCAUGGCAUGAUGAACAGAUAGAUGAGCUAUUUGCCUCACUGUUAGGUUGUACAUCAUAGUGCUAUGUAACUGGUUUGCUAAAACCUCACUGCAGGGUUCAGAGUGCAUGGGAUUCACAUGGAACAAACUUGCAAAACUUAUAUGUGCAACAAAUGCUCUUCAUUUGCAAAUCUGGUCUUGUAAACCAUUAUUCUGAAGUGGAACUGCAGAAAUAUUUGUGG